CUAAAUUCCUGAGUGCGUGUUUACAAAUUGGUGAAAUCGAGGUCCAGUGUUGGCUACUCGAGACGCGUUUAACCUCGAAUAUUUUUCAAGUGCAUAUCGUGAAAAUUUACAGUGAACACAUAUAAUCAAGCAAGAGAUGGAGAGUAGCAGUGAAAUGAUUAGGAUCAAGGAUGAACCAGACGAUAAUUGGCCAGAUGCGGGUGACGAUAAGAAUUUCUAUUCGGAAGUCGAAAAGUUUAAAACAUCAACAUUUUGUGAACCAUCGGUUAAUCACAUGAAUGGGGUUAUGGCGUUACAGAAAAAUUCAGAUGAAAAAGUAUUCAUAGAAUUUGAGUGCAAAUAUAUUGAACCUCAACUGAAAUCUUUGUCGACAAUCAUCUGCAAAAAUGAAUAUCAAAGUAACCCACUAAUUUCAAAAAUAGAAAAUCAAAUUCAGACAAAGUACUUGAAUGAAAAAAGGCUUACGAUUUCAAUAAAAAAAGAAUUCAAUUACGAUAAUAACUAUCCAUUUCCAGAAAAGUUUCGAUUACAAAAUGGCAUAACCAAGGAGAUAAAAAUAUUUGAAAAUACAGUACAUAAUCGUAGGAAACCCUUUGAAUGUGACAGUUGUCACAAAUCAUUUGGAUAUAAAGGUCAUUUUAUAAAGCAUAUAAAUGCAGUGCAUGAUGAUAUUAAACUUUUCGAAUGUGAGAUUUGUCAAAAGUCAUAUGGACGUAAGGAUACUCUCAAAAUUCACAUAAAGACAGUACAUGAUCGGAGUAAACCGUUCGAGUGCGACACUUGUAAUAAAUCAUUUACCCAAAAAGGUAGCCUCAAACGUCAUGUCAAUGCAGUACAUGAUCAGAGGAAACCCUUCGAAUGUGACAUUUGUCACAAAUCAUUUGGAAAGAAAAGUAACCUAAAUAAACACAUAGAGACAGUACAUAAUCGGAGCAAACCCUUCGAAUGUAAGAUUUGUCACAAAUCAUUUGGACACAAGGGUGUACUCAAUAAGCACAUAAAUGAAGUACAUGAUCGUGUCAAAGCCUUCGAAUGCGAGGUUUGUCACAAAUCAUUUGGACAAAAAAUUACCCUUCAGUGUCACGUAAAUGGAGUACAUAAUCGAAGCAAACCCUUCCAGUGUGAGAUUUGUUACAAAUCAUUUGGACAAAAACAGAACCUCAAAAGUCACAUAAUUAAAGUACAUAAUCAAAGCAAACCCUUCCAGUGUGAGAUUUUUUACAAAUCAUUUGGGCGAAAAAUUCACCUUGAAACUCACAUAAGAGCAGUACACGAUCGUAACAAGCCCUAGAAGUGAAAGCUUUUUCACAAGAAAUUUGUCGCAAUGAAGACUUCUUCC